ACUUUUUCAGAGUAACUUAGCCAAUACUGAUUACAUCAUCAUCAUACAUCAUUACAUCUGUGUUGCCUGGCAAGCACUUUGUUCAGUUGCUUUUAAAGAAGUACUACGCCCUACAUGAGAAUUCCAGCUCCUACAUCAGCACCACUGUGUUUCUGAAUUGCUUCUUUCUCUUGUGCUGUUUUCUAUGUAAAGGUCACUGAGAGAAUUUAGCCAACACUGAUGAAACUUUCUGGAACUGGGUGUUCUGAGAAUUGACACAAAGCUCUUUUGUUAAGAUCUUUCCUGUAUUUUUUUACAACAACCCUCUUGAACACUUCUGUUUAACAUGCAGAAACACGGAAGAAAGGAUGAACAACAACAGAAAAAACAAAAAUGGACAUAUAGUCUAAUAGUCUGUGAUGACAUAAACCAGAAAUAUUAGAUGAACACAUUAAAUCUUUGUCAAGUACAGACAAAAAAAUAUUUUAGCAGAUCAGGGUAAAGACGGGUUAAAGUUCCCUCUGUACCACAACUGCUCAAAUUCCACGCCCACUAAAAAAUAAAAAUAAACAUUCUUAUGGGCACACAUGCUAUUUUGACAUUGAUCUGCAACAGGACAUCAUGUUUCUCCAGUAUCUGCUCACGUGUAUUGUGCUCGGACCUUUUCAUUCUCAGGCCAAAGUGGUUGACAGCUUUACGGAGUGUAAAAAUAUUUUCUACAAAGGCAAAGAACCACAAGGAAUGGAUGAGGAAGCAAAGAAAAUCUGUCAGAUAAGGGAUGGAAUUAAUGCUGAUUUUGCUACACUCUAUUCGGUUGAUCACAGAAUUCCUCUGUACAGUGCGUAUAUAUUAGAUGAUCAAUCCUUAAACAAACAAACAAACAAAGAUCAAUGCAGCGUAUGGCACAUAGAACCACAGCUUGUUUCUAGAGCUGAACCUGCUUCCAUGAUGACUGAGAGCAAGUACACAUCUUCUGAUCGUAAUAAAAAAGAUGCUUUAAAAAGAAAUCAAGCCAUCAGUGAGGAUUAUAUUGACACAGGAUAUGAUCGAGGUCACCUUUACCCCAACAGUUUCGACUACAAUGAUCAGUUUAAGGUGACUUAUACACUGACCAAUGCUGCACCUAUGGAUCCAUGUUUUAACCGUGUAUACUGGAAGAAAUUGGAGGGAGAUUUGCAAAGAUUUUUAAAAAGUAAACUUGAAGAAGAUGUGACAGUCUACAUUAUCACAGGUGCUGUACCUGGUAAUGUUAGAAUAUCAGACUGUGGGGACAGCCGUGAUGCUGAAAGGGUUACGGUUCCCUCCCAUAUCUGGACAGCUGUCUGUUAUAAACACAAAAUCGAAGACACAAAGUCUUUUUCCUUUGGCUAUAUAGCAGACAACGACCAUGUACGGAACAUAAAUCUCAUGAGUAUUUCAGACAUGAAUCAGCAGCUCGGUGUAUUGUAUAGAAAAUCUUCACAAAUUCAGAUUUUUGAUAAUGAUUGUUGCAGUGCCAAAACUAUGGUUGCUGAAAUUUGGGGUCAAAUGAAAUCAACACAGAUAAAAAUACCAGAAAAGUUUGAUGUUGCUCAAAAUACCCUUGAUACAGUCAAAAGACUGAGGAAUACUGACAGUGAGAUGAGUACUGACGGUGAGAUCCACCCUAGACAGAGAGGUGAAGGUAGACUUGAUAAACUGACAGCAAUACUUUCCUUUGACAGUUCAGACUCCUACUUCACCUCACAAGAAGUACUGAAAGGUGAGGAUAGAAGUGCUUGUAUAAUAACUUCUGCCAAAAAACGACAUUGGACUGAUCGCUCUGAGAUCAGAAAAAGGGAUGUGUCUGAGGGAUCUGAAGCCAUCCGAUGUCAGUUGGUGCCAGAGAAAUCUGUCGAUGGGAAGACUGCAGCUGAUGGCUCGCAAUGCAGCAAUUUUAAAUAUAAUAACAACAGAUGUACAUGUUCAACAGAAAAAGGUAAAGAGAAGUUCUGCUGCUCCAGUCCUUGCCUGUAUCAGAGCACACUGAAGGGCUACCGGUGUAACUCAGGGCAGUCACAGAUAGAGUGCUCACCCCAGUACUCGCUCCUCGCUAUCAAAGGAAAGAGAUGUCUAGACGAUCACCCCUGUGCCACAUACGGAGAAGACUACUACUGGUGUUACACAGACAUUGGACAACUGACGACAGACUGGGAAUACUGCAGCCCACCGCUGCUGGGAAGUAAGGCUAAGGACGGAAAGUACUGCCGCAGCGACCACGCCUGUGCCGGGUACGGCUCAGAACCGUGGUGUUUCACAGAUGAUGACGAGAACUGGAACUACUGCUGUACUUCUGAUGACUGCUUCUCAGCUGUCAACUACAAAACCUGUAAGCCUGAUCACCCAUGUGGUUACUACGGUAAAAAUUACUUGUGGUGCAGUACCACAGACGACAGCUGGAAUUAUUGUUGCAAAGCCUGUCGCCAGUAAUCAAAGUUUGUUGCAUUAAUGAGUAGGCCAACAACAGCUGAUAUACAUGUUGAAUUGUUAUAGCACUUACUAACCUUGAAAUUCUUGUCUAUAUCAAAUGUUUGCAGAAAAACAAUUAAUCAUUAGAGCAUAAUGCAUGAUUGGGGUCCUGACCCUCUGAACCGUAUUUUAUCUGAUUUGCGAGGCGAUACGUAAUGCGAUCCGCUGUAUGUUUUUUUGUAUUUACAUCAACGUUAUAUAAUCAUACUUUUUAUUUCCUCAGUGGUUUGCUUUAACAUUAUAUCUAUUUUUUUCAUUCUGGCUAUAAAGUUUUUAUAUAAUUUUAACCUUAAAUAAAAACAGCUUUUUUGAACUCA